GUGCUGACCCGUCUCUCCGCUGCAGAUCGCCAAGUUCCAGAUGUUCGGCAGGAGCAGCCUGAUCGUGAUGGUGCCCGGGGAUAUCAGCCGGACAGUUCAGGAGCUGGAGCAGGCCCUCACCCUGCCUCGACUGCGGGCUGCUAUCGCCCAGCUACAAGGCACCGAGCUCAAAUCCAGCAGCGUCCUCCUGCCAAAACUCCAGCUGAAGAGCAGCCAGGAUCUCAUCCAGCCUUUCAACGACAUGGGCCUGCAGGACGUCCUGGUGCAGCCUAACCUGUGCGGGAUGAGUUCCUACCCAGUGGAGAUCUCCGGCGCCGAACACCAGGCAGUGCUCACCCUGGACGAGGAUGGCGUAGAGGCAGCUGCCGUCACCGCGCUCUCGGUGGCCCGUAACGUGGUCAUGUUUGAGGUUCAGCAGCCCUACCUGAUCAUCUUGUGGAACGAUGAGCUGGGAUUCCCGCUCUUCAUUGGCCGGGUGGUGGACCCAUCCCAGUGAGGGAGGGAGAGAGCGGGUGGACAAAUUCCACCCUUCUGACCCCUUCCCCCGCCAGGUGACCGCUCAGCCCAUCGGGCACGAUUCUAUCCCCUCCCUCAGCUCAACUUUACCUCCCCCCUGCGCUCCCAAUGUGUCCUCCAUUGGGUUUUCCAUUCCCUCCCUCAGCAACCGUCCCCGGCGUCUUCCUCUGCGCGCCCCCUCCACCUCUCCUUCACUCCUCUGUGGCCUUAUCUUCCACCCCCACCCUUUCUCCCUCCGCCAACCCUCCCCCCCCCCUCCAACCCCUUCCGAACCGUCUCUGCGGGUGUGAAAUAAAAAGAAUCUACAACA